AUGCCUCCUAAAAAUACAAAACCUGUUCCUCAACAUAUUCUUGAUGCUAAUCCUGCUCCUGAAAAUUCUGAAAAUGAAACACCAUGUGAAAAAACAAAUCGAUUAGCACGUAUUCGUUAUGCUACUAAUAAAUAUUAUGAAUUAAAUCCACAUUUAAUUCAAGAAGAAUCUCAAGCAA